AUUUUGUGCAAUGGCCCUAUUUUUCCAUUUUACUAUAGAUAUAUUUAAAGUCGACGUCACGAUGCUUUUUUAGCUAUUGGAUUGUUUGUGUGUUUCUGCUAACUAUCUUGCUGGUUGUCUUGCUGAAAAUUGUAAUCUACUGAUAGACUGAUCCCAAUUAUCCCAAUUUUUACAAUUACGUAAACACUAGCUAUUAUUUAAUACUUGGUUUCCAAUUUAAAAAAAAAUUAAGCAGAGUUCACAGUCUAUAUAUACUACAUUCUAUGGCUAUUCUGAACUAUUUCGGGAUCCGGAAUCUGGGAUUCCCCAUACCGUGGUUGGAUGCGGUGGAUAUAUUCCCAUAAAAUUUUGUUUUGUGUCAUUGCAUUUUCGUGUCAUUGCAUUUUUGCUGUGUUAUAUACAUUUUUUAUUUUGUAUCAUUAAUUACUGUUAGCUCCAGAGCUUCAGAGUAAGAUCAUUUCAAAGGAAUAAUAAUAGCCUAGUGCUAGGCGGAAAAAUUUAAAUCUGAUGGUGGUAUCACAGAAAAGUGAUACACAGAUAACUGAUAACUACAAUCUUGGGUUAAAGGUUCUGAUUAAAAAGAAAAGAAUACAUAUAUAAUUGUAUCGAACUAUAUCCUACCGAGAAAAGAUAUAUUUAAUAAGAUUCCAUUUAUCUCGUCAAAUAUUAGAGAACUAAAACUAAAAAAUAGAUACAAUGCUACAAUUACAUUAUAUUGCAAUUAUAAGCAUUAAUAUUAUUAUGUUAGUUUAUGCUGAUAUCACAGAAGGAACAGGUCAAAGUGCAAUCGUAUCAACGACGACAGAUUUCACAAUAGCGGAUAUUGAAACGCAAAAUGAAUUUAAUAUGAAAAUGUAUAAUGGUUGCGAAUGCAUUAAGUAUGAUUGUGGAUGUUGUCAACAUUUAGAAUGGGAUGAAGUCUCUAUGGAUGGAAGAUUGUGUGCAAACGCUAGUUAUUUAGAGAAAGAUUAUGGGAUUUCAGUUACUGUUACAUAUAACAACUUCACGAUUAUUAAUGAAACAGUUUCAGCUCGAAAUCCACCACCCAUUUGUUUUGGCGAGGAUAUUGUAGAUGCAUUGGAUGUUGAAAUUUGCUUACAUAUCUAUGAUAUAGAUGUUAAAGUCGAUAUGUUUCAUGCUUGUUUCGAGAUCUUUGGAAGAAUAAUGAAACUCAGAAUUGCAAAAAUACAAUUGGGUUGUAUUCAGACUAAAUUACAUGAAAAAACAGAAUAUAUAGAAAGCAACUUGCUACCAAUAUUUUUUAAGAGGAAAGAAAAAGACAUGUUACCUAAUGUGGUCAUGGUAUGAAUCAUAUACAGAAUCUCUAUAAAUUAAGUAAUAUGUUUUUUAUAUUUUUUAUAUUGAGUUUUUGGAUAUAUAAUAUGUAUGUUUUCUUUAUUUUUGUGCCAGAUUGUAAUGCAAUUAAGUUUUAUCUAAUUAUAAGAGAAUAGUUAUGAUUAA